AUGUUUCCAACCUUCACAGGAAGCUCGCGCAAGGCGCGGAACGUCAAUCUCAGCGGGCAAAAGACAACGAAUCCAUUUACCAGCACGUCAUGGGCACCCAGCUCGGCUGUUGGAGCUUCCAAGACGGUGGCGCAUGCCCAGGCUGAGCGGCAGCAGAGACACCAAGAGAGGGAACGGUUGAAGGCUGCACAGCGCAUCCAGAGGUUAUGGAGGGGUCACCGGAUACGACGGGUCCUGCGGGCCGAGCGUCGCCAGGCUUUCGACCGGCUAUACAGCGAGAAAGGGCCGGUUGACGCUGCGCAGAGGACGGUCGAAGGAACGCCGCUGGUGUUAAGCGUCUAUCAGGCCUCCAGUCCGGACGACAACCGACGGCUUGUCCUCCUCUUGACUGACCUUCUUCAGACGAGGUUUUCCGCUUUUGCCUCGGGAGCGAUACCGCUGCCUCGGCUGACCAAGCUAGCCGGUAUCGUGGUUGCUGCUCUUGAGAGGACUCUCGACUUUGGUGCUACGGCUUCAGAGACUCGGAUACUGUUAGAGACCCUCGUUGAGAUCUUAAGAGCAAGACCAGAAUCGCUACAGUCCGAUUUGGGACGGUAUUACAGGAUGCUUGGUAGAUAUUGCCGCGCCGUGGGGCCCGCAUCCCCUUUGCUGGACCUCAUCCGCUGUGCUGUGUGUGCGCCGCUUGUCGCAGCCAACGGAUAUCACGAGUUUGCCUUCUCUUUCCUGACCGAGCCUGAUGUGUACUUGUUCGAGUCCAACGUGGACUCCUUCGCGGCCGACAUAGACAUCGAUCGUCUGGCCGAUUCCAUCCUUGCCACAUUCUCCUCAGAGUCCCAAACGCCUCGGUCGCAGGCGAAUCUCAUGUGGCUUCUAGCCCACUUUAUUGUCCUGGCAAAAACGACAAAGCAACGGGUCUCGCGUUCUCGUUCUCUCAGGGUAUUGUAUUCCCUCGUUUCAGCGCUCUCGCAUCAGAUCCGGGCGGGGUUUGCGUCUGAAGGAAGAGACUCUGGCGAGGACGGGGACGCGGGCACUCCAGAGCAGGCAUUUCCCCCAUACGUCUCGGACAAGAUCGCCUCGCUUACUGACCGGGAUGAGAUCUUUGGUCUCCUCGAAACGCUCACAGUGGAACACGGGGAUAAAACGAGCUCAGAGUGGGAAGACGCUAGCUACCUGGCUGGCUACAUUCUCACGUUAGUGUAUUGCUUCCCGGCCCUGGGCGAAGACAUCUGGAUGCGUUUGUACCAUGCAGAUGUUUCUACUAGUGUUGGCGCCCGCCCUGCUAUUAUAUUCUUCUGGGAUGCGUUGAACCGGACCAGCAUCUUUUCCAGAAUCGUCUCCGAUGCCGACGCUGCACUCGAAAUCCUCGGAAAUAGACCCCCUUCAGGCUUUGCCGCUGAAUCGGAGGCUAAUUCUCCAUGGCACCGGGAAUGGCGUACAAUUCUCCUUUUCCUUGAGCUCUAUGUCUUUAUCCUCCGGCUGACGGAUGACGAUGAUUUCUUCUAUGGCUUAAGUUCUGCCGCAGGUCUAAGUGAUCCGGGCUCACGGCUGCGCGCAAGCUGCCUCCGCCUCAACGACCUGAAGCGCCUUACCCUGUUCCUCAAGCACCUCGGUUUCACUCUAUACUACCAUGCCGCCGAGCUGCUAGGGUCGGCUACGGGUCACGGCGAUAUAUCGAAUGCCGCUGAUGGAUUACUGGCAUUCUCCUCAUGGGAGAAAAGCCAUGCUAGUGGUAGCCAGGUCUCGACUGCGCAGCCAUUCGUCCUCACCGCUGGUGUGGGCUUUGACUCAUUCAGAAACCUCAUUUCCACAGCGUUGAGGAUGAUUUACGACCGUGAUUCUCGACGCCAGUUCCUACCACAAGACCACUGGCUCAUGACGUCAAAAUUCGACAUGAAGGGGUUCUUAUCCGCUGUUGCCCUUGAAGACGAGAGGCAACAUGAGCUCUCCGAAUCCGGAGACGAGGAGGAAGAAGACGGGUCGGACGUAGAUGGGCCCAUGAAUUUCACUUUCGAAGGGCAGAGGCGGUCCCGGCAAGCGCAAAUGGAAAAGAUUAGGGUGUUGCGCAAACGGGCCGCUAGAGCAAAGAUCAGGGCGGCCACCGCCCCUAAGCUCGAAAUCUUGCGAAACAUGCCAUUCAUUAUCCCUUUCAACAUGCGUGUCCAAAUAUUUAGACAGUUCGUUCACCUUGAUAAACUCCGCAGAAGAGGCGGGAAUCUGGAUCCCGACAGAUGGAGAUUGUGGCUGGUCAACGAGCAUGGUCAUCAGUCGCUGGACGUUCUCAGUCGGCAUAAGGCGCGGAUAACGAGAGGGCGACUAUUCUCAGAUGCUAUGGACGCGUUCUGGGACCUCCGGGAAGGGUUCAAAGAGCCGAUACAGAUCACGUUUGUUGACGAGUUUGGAAUGGAGGAAGCUGGCAUAGAUGGAGGAGGUGUGACAAAAGAGUUUCUUACCAGCGUCACCACGGAAGCGUUUACACAGGACCAAAAGCUCUUCAUCGCAAACAACAAGAACGCGUACUACCCAAAUCCAUGGGCCGUGGAUCAACAAAAGAAUGCGCUCCGCGAAGCCCAGAUUCCCGAGGGCUCAGAGCUUUGGCGGGAGACGAUUGCCGAUCUGCUGCGGCAAUACGAGUUCCUUGGGCGGGUCAUUGGAAAGUGUUUAUAUGAGGGGAUUCUCAUCGAUAUUGCCUUUGCAGGCUUCUUCCUGCUGAAGUGGGCCUCAGCCGGGGCAGAUACCUACCGUGGGAACAUCAACGACCUCCGCGAGUUAGACGAGGAGCUGUACCAGGGAAUGCUCUCGUUGAAAAACUAUCCCGACGUCAGCGACCUGUCGCUGGACUUUACCAUCACGGACCAAGUAUCGCUGCCGAACGAGCCAGUCCGCACCGUGACGCGUGCCCUCAUGCCCAACGGCGAGAACAUCGCCGUGACCAACGAGAACCGCCCGCUCUACAUCAGCUACGUAGCGCGGCACCGGCUCGUGGUGCAGCCAUACGCGCAGACACGCGCCUUCCUCCGCGGCCUGGGCAUGAUCAUCGACCCGGCGUGGCUGAGCAUGUUCAACCAGAACGAGCUGCAGCGGCUGGUGGGCGGCGACAGCUCCGAGAUUGACGUCGAGGACCUGCGCCGGCACACGGCCUACAGCGGCGUCUACGCCAUUGGCGACGACGGCCUCGAGCACCCGACCAUCCAGUACUUCUGGGAGGUGAUGCGUGGCCUCGAAGACCACGAGCGCCGCGACGUGCUCAAGUACGUCACGAGCACCCCGCGCGGGCCGCUCUUGGGCUUCAGCCAGCUCUGGCCGCCGUUCAGCAUCAGGGAUGGGGGCACGGAUCAGGAGCGGCUGCCCAGCGCGAGCACAUGCGUGAAUCUGCUGAAGCUGCCACAGUACAAGAGCGCGGCGGUGCUGAAGAGCAAGCUGAUGUACGCGGUUCACAGCGGGGCUGGGUUUGAUUUGAGUUAA